UUUAUUGAAGUGGGGGCAGUAAGAAAAAUAGUGAGUAGAGCCCGGAGAAUAGCAGCGAUGGAUUUCUCUCCACUCUCCGAGGCCUUGGCCUCCAAAUCGUAUGAAAGAAUCGCCGAUAUCUGCGACGAAAUCAUGCUUCAGGUCGCGGCGGAGGGCGUCUCUUUCCAGGAAGACUGGCCCUACGCCAUUCAUCUUCUCGGUCACAUUUACGCCGGCGAUAUUAACAGUAUGAGGUUUCUUUGGAAGUCGAUGCCUUCUGCGGUCAAAGAUAACCAGCAGGAAGUGCAGGCUGCUUGGAAAAUUGGUCAGAAGCUCUGGGUGCGGGACUAUGGGGGCGUGUAUGAAGCUAUUCGUGGAUUUGAUUGGAGUCAGGAAGCUCAAGGUCUUGUUGCGGCCUUUUCAGAUCUUUACACCAAGAAGAUGUUUCAGCUGCUGCAGUCUGCUUAUUCUACAAUAAGCAUCCAAGAUACAGCUCUCUUUUUGGGCAUGAAUGAGGAUGAUGCCAGAAAUUACGUACGACAGCAAGGUUGGAUUGUGGACCCUGCUUCACAAAUGAUUACUGUGAAGAAGCAGCCUAUUAUUACUGAGCAGAAACUGAAUCCCAGUAAAUUGCAGAGCUUGACAGAAUAUGUAUUCCACCUAGAGCAUUAAUUCAGUUUUAAGGCGACAGAAGCUGCGAAUUGUCUUUAUGAAGCAGCUGCUUACUUGGAUUAUGAUUUAGUAGGGUAAAUUCAAGGAUUUCAGAUUGUGCAUCAAUGGAAGCUUUUGAGCAUAUUAUUUUAUGGAAUCAUACUUCAGGUUCAAAACUUA